ACCACACUCUCUCUUACUCUUUCCUCUCCUUUGUCAUCUUGUUAUAUAAUCUCUCACUCUCCCCCUUCAUACUUUCUAAAUAUACAUAAAUAUCUUGUACAUCACGCAAACUCGAGUUAAAACCUAUUUUGCUUAAUAUGGUGAUGGGUACACCGUCUUCGUUAGAUGAGAUCAGAAAUGCACAAAGAGCAGAUGGUCCGGCGGGAAUCUUGGCCAUAGGCACAGCCAACCCUGCUAACCAUGUGAUCCAAGCUGAGUAUCCUGACUACUACUUCCGCAUCACCAACAGUGAGCACAUGACCGACCUCAAGGAGAAGUUCAAGCGCAUGUGCGACAAGUCAACGAUAAGGAAACGUCACAUGCACUUGACCGAAGAAUUCUUGAAAGAGAAUCCUAACAUGUGCGCAUACAUGGCUCCAUCUCUCGACGUGAGACAAGACAUAGUGGUUGUUGAAGUCCCUAGGCUAGGGAAAGAAGCGGCAGUGAAGGCUAUCAAGGAGUGGGGUCAACCUAAGUCAAAGAUCACACACGUUGUCUUCUGCACCACCUCUGGAGUUGACAUGCCAGGCGCUGACUACCAGCUCACCAAGCUCCUUGGCCUUCGUCCUUCCGUGAAGCGUCUCAUGAUGUACCAACAAGGUUGCUUCGCCGGCGGCACUGUCCUCCGUCUCGCCAAGGACCUCGCUGAGAACAACCGUGGCGCACGUGUCCUCGUAGUCUGCUCAGAGAUCACAGCUGUUACCUUCCGUGGCCCUUCCGACACUCACCUUGACUCUCUCGUUGGACAGGCUCUCUUCAGCGACGGUGCAGCCGCGCUCAUUGUUGGUUCGGACCCUGAUGUCUCUGCUGGAGAGAAGCCUAUAUUCGAGAUGGUGUCUGCUGCUCAGACUAUCUUGCCAGACUCGGAUGGUGCUAUAGAUGGACACUUGAGGGAAGUGGGACUCACCUUCCAUCUCCUCAAGGACGUCCCUGGACUCAUCUCCAAGAACAUUGAAAAGAGUCUAGACGAGGCGUUUAAGCCGUUGGGGAUAAGUGACUGGAACUCGUUAUUUUGGAUAGCUCACCCUGGUGGUCCAGCGAUUCUUGACGACGUUGAGAAGAAGCUAGCACUUAAACCAGAGAAGAUGAGAGCCACACGUCACGUGUUGAGUGAGUAUGGGAACAUGUCUAGCGCGUGCGUACUCUUCAUCUUGGAUGAGAUGAGGAAGAAGUCUGUGGAGGAUGGUGUGGCCACGACUGGUGAAGGGUUGGAGUGGGGUGUCUUGUUUGGUUUUGGACCUGGUCUCACCGUGGAGACAGUAGUCCUCCACAGUGUUCCUGUUUGAACAGACCGCUAUGUCUACCUACACAUACUUUCCAUCAUCAUCAUCAUGUCUUAUGUUUAUUUCAACUUAUUAUUAAUAUUUUGUAAUGCAAUAAUUAUGAAAGAAUUCAUUUAGUGUGAAAUGUGAAAUAUGUGGACUUGCUAGCUGUUGAUGGGUCCUUUUGGUUCAAUUGUCUUUUAGUACUUAUGGGUCUUGAUUGAUAGAUAUAUAAUCUUGUUUUUUUACAUCCA